AUGGAAGAAAUUAUUAAAAAAGGACACCCAGUUAGAAUAUGCCCAGGCUGCCAGAAGACGACAAAGAAAGGAAAUGAAUUUGGAGAGAAAAAAUUAUGUGGAUUUUGUUAUUUUGGAGAGUCUUUUCUGAGAAAAAGUGGCAACCAGGAUAUUGAUGAUUUUCUAAGAAAAUUUGCAGAAUGGAAAAGGUAUCCUUUCUUGGAAUUUAUACCGUACGUGGAGUUUUCAAGUAUCGAAAAAAUUGGGCAUGGAGAGUUUAGCCAAGUUUAUAAGGCAACUUGGAAUAAAGGGCGUCUUCGCUUCUGGAAUAGAAAAGACGGAAAAUUUGCUCGAUUUCCACCGGAAACAGUAGCAUUAAAGGUUCUUGAUAGAUCUCAGAAAAUAAGCUCUGAAUUUUUGAAAGAGCAACAAUUCUUAAAUCGAAUUAGUAUGCCGACAAAAUAUAAAAGACGUUUUAUUGAUGUCUACGGAAUUUCGCGAGAUCCCGAGUCUAAUAAUUAUAUUUUUGUCACAAGUUAUGCGAACCAUGGCGAUUUAAAGAAAUACUUACAAACUGAUUUUAGUAUUCUAACUUGGCUGAAUAAGAGAAAACUUUUGGAAAAUAUC